AUGGCGACUAGGGCCCAAUUCUUGCGAGAGUAUAAGCUUGUCGUCGUCGGUGGUGGUGGUGUCGGCAAGUCCGCAAUGACCAUUCAGUUCAUUCAAAGUCAUUUCGUGGAAGACUAUGACCCUACUAUUGAAGAUUCUUACCGCAAGCAGUGUGUGAUUGAUGAUGAGGUCGCACUGCUCGACGUGCUCGAUACAGCUGGUCAAGAAGAACGUGGUGCCAUGAGGGAACAGUACAUGCGUACGGGCGAAGGAUUUCUCUUGGUCUACUCUAUCACGUCUCGAAAUUCGUUCGAAGAAAUAAGCACCUUCUAUCAACAAAUUCUUCGAGCGAAGAAUCAAGAUACAUUCCCUGUCAUCGUUGUGGCCAACAAGUGCGAUUUGGAAUACGAACGACGAGUUGGCAUGAACGAGGGCCGCGACCUUGCGGCGCACUUUGGCUGCAAAUUCAUCGAAACGUCUGCAAAGCAACGGAUCAACGUCGAUGAAGCUUUCAGCAAUCUCGUACGUGAAAUCAGGAAUUACAACAAGGUACGGCGUUUUAUAUCCCCUCACUUAAGUCCUCCUCACCCGUCUAGUACGAAGGAAACCGAACAGAGGACUCCAGGGUACCAGUGCACCGUAAUAUGCUGCGUCGUAGUCUGA